AUGGGUGAGCAGCCUCCGGGCUUCCAGUUGGGCCAGCUGCGCCGACGAGAAGCACGACUGAUCUGCGUUCGGUGUUUCCAAUUGGACCCGCGAAGCUAUAUUCGUGGAGUGAAGGAAAUCGCUGGUUCCUCUCCGUCGUUCUGUUCACCAUUCCCUCCACACCAGACGAAGAUAAACGCCGAAGACUCCAGCACUAUCCAGCCUCACGACGGCGACCUCAACGAUCAGACGCCAGGCGAGGGCCAGCUCCCCGCCACUGGUACCCCUCCCUCGUCCUCCCAAGACGUCGGCGCUGCCGUUGCGAACGGCUCGGCCGGAGAUCCAACUCGAGCUUCGACGAAAUGA